AUGCCUAUCUCCCUUUUCUACAUCACCAGUUGUUGUGAUGAAAAUUCAUUCAUCCACACACCAUCCCUUCAAGAUGCACCAAAACCAAGGCCCUCUUCCUACCACUCACGUUUCAACUUGAGUUGUGGUUCAGCUCAAUCCUCUACUUCCUCUACCAACUGUGGCAUUCUCUUGUUCCAUUUGAUGGAAAUACUCCCUUCAAGCUCUAAAGAUUCUCAUACAAAAGAGCGGAUAGGGAGUCAUAUUUGUCCAUCAAACCCUGAUAGAGAUGAUGGAAAGAGCAAUGUUCAUGAGAAAAUAGCAUUGGAAAUUCAAGUCCCAGUGAUAAAAGACCACGAUGCUAUUGCACCCCAAUCACAGGUGUCUAGGAUAAGACAUACUAAGUGGAAGAAAGGCUUGGAAGAAGAUUACAGGAAGGACCAAGCAAGCCUGUUUCUCAACUUGGAACUAACUCGUUAA